AUGAAUUUCGAUGUUGGAGGUCCAUCAUACUUAUCAUCAUCUUCAUCUUCGGAUGAUGAUAAUUUUCUGUCCAAUAUCAUUGCAGAGAUUGAUGAAACCGAAGAAGUAAUUUGUGAGUACAUCAACAACAACAUGAUCCUCGUUAACAAUUUACGUCAACACAACUACCAACCGAUCCAUGGUGGCUCGAUUCCCGGUCAUGCAGUGAUCAACCGCGAUCGAGAAAAUGCGCAUCAGAAUUUGGUCAUAGAUUACUUUGCCGAUAAUCCACGUUUUGGAGAAGAUAUGUUUCGUCGUCGAUAUCGGAUGUCAAGAAGUUUGUUCCUUCGUAUUGUUGAUGCAGUGAAAGAUCAUGACUAUUACUUCCAACAACGAAGUGAUGGACUUGGUAGAAUGGGAUUAUCACCGUUACAGAAAGUAACAGCUGUUUUUCGCAUGUUGGCAUACGGUCUACCAGCUGAUGCUACGGACGAAUACGUUAAAAUAGGUGAGUCAACAGCAAUUGAAAGUAUGACAAAAUUUUGUCGUGCUAUGGUGGAAAUAUUCGCAGAGCGGUAUCUACGAACACCUAACGCUAACGAUAUUGCUAGGCUACUCUAUAUUGGAAAAAAACGUGGUUUUCCAGGAAUGUUAGGAAGUCUUGAUUGUAUGCAUUGGAAAUGGAAAAAUUGUCCAACAGCAUGGUCUGGGCAAUACACAGGACGUAGUGGGUCACCAACUAUUAUCCUCGAAGCUGUGGCAGAUUAUGAUCUUUGGAUAUGGCACGCAUAUUUUGGUAUGCCAGGUACCAAUAAUGAUAUCAAUGUGCUGGAGUCAUCUAAUCUUUUCUCUAACCUAGCUCAAGGUAUUGCUCCUCCCGCUCACUAUGUUAUUCAAGGAAAAGAGUAUAAUAUGGGUUAUUAUUUAGCUGAUGGUAUAUAUCCGAAAUGGGCUACUAUUGUACAAACAAUCCAACAGCCACAAGGUAGGAAGAAAAAAUAUUUUGCCAUGAAACAGGAAGCAUGUAGAAAAGAUGUAGAACGUGCGUUCGGAGUUCUCCAAUCACGAUUUGCAAUCGUGGCAGGAUCAGCACGUUUUUGGAAAAAACAUGUAUUACAUGACAUAAUGACUGCAUGCAUUAUUAUGCACAAUAUGAUAAUCGAGGAUGAACGUGAUCUUUAUGCACCAAUUCAAGAAGUGAGGGAAGCACCAACACCAGAAGUUGAUAUGGUAGCAGAUGAAACUACAAGAUUUACUCAAUUUAUUACACGUUACGGAAAAAUCAAGGAUAAAGAUGCUCAUAUUGCGCUUCGUAAUGCAUUGAUAGAUCAUCUAUGGGAGGAAUACACUAAUUCAGAUAGUUAA